AUGAUGAACCAGAGCAACCGGGUGGCUUUCCGAUCAAAACUAACGGCAGUAUCUAGCCGGCCGGUGAACCCGGGUACGAGACAUUCUUUCACGGGUAUAGACAAAGCAAUGGCCCUGCACAGCGUUCACGUGGUAUUCUACUACAAGAAGCAGCUGUUCACAGAUUUUGACUUGGACCCGUUUAGGGUAUGUCUCUCGGAGGCCUUGUCGCUUUACCCGCCGGUGACCGGUCGGAUAGUACGGAGAGAGGUCGACGGUGAGUGGGAGGUCAAGUGUAACGAUGCGGGAGUGAGAGUAGUGAAGGCCACGGUGGCGACAACACUUGAUGAGUGGCUGGAAUCUGCUGAUGGAGCGGAGGAGAUGUUGUUGACGACGUGGGACGAUAUGCCUCAGGGUGAUGAUCCUAGUUUAUGGUCGCCGUUUAAAAUCCAGAUUAAUGAAUUUGAAGGAGGAGGAGUAGCCAUUGGAGUAAGUUGCUCCCACAUGCAAGCAGACCCAACUUGUGCGACCCUAUUCAUCAAGUCAUGGGCCGAGACUCACCGCCGGGAAGCCGUCGUACACCCGCCGUGCUUCGAGGAAUCGGAUUCGCUACUCACUCGCGGACUCAACACUCACAGCAAAAACACAAAGUCAUCACGUGCUUAUUACGAAGCCAAGUCCAUGGCAGCACAGACCCCAUUAGUACUGAAGAAAAUGGGCACAGCAACUUUCAAAUUUUCCGAUAAAGCGAUGAAGCAAAGCCUCUUAGAAAUCCACCAAUCAUGCCCUGUUGCCACCCCGUUUGAUCUGCUAGCCGCGCUCUUCUGGGCGCGCAUUGCUCGCUUGAAGCAUUCGGAAAGCGAAAGUAAGCACUCACUCUCCAUUUGUGUCGACUUCAGGAAGAAGCUGCAGCUCUCUUAUGGACACUACGGAAACGCCCUGCAUUUUUCGUUGCUUUCAUUACCUGACGUAGGAGUUAAGGAAGACUUGGGGGAUGUGGCCGGAGCCGUGCACAGCCAUGUGUCGAAUCAAGGGGAAGGGGAGUUUUGGUCUGCUAUAGAUUGGUUCCAGUCCAGAAAGAAAGAGGGAGGUGAGUCUGGGGCACCUUUUAGGAUGUAUGGCCCUGAGCUGACGUGCAUGAGCAUGGAGCACAUGAUUGAGUUUCCUGGGAGUACUGGGAAUACGCCAUUGAUGCAUACAGCUGUGUUUGAUAAGGAAAUAAGGCCCGUACACGUGUCAUAUCAUGUCGGAAAUGUGGAAGGGGAAGGUUUGAUAAUGGUGAUGCCGUCUCCGGAAAAAGGGCUGGCGAGGAUGGUUACGGUGACAUUGCCGGAGGAGGAAUUGGAGCAGCUAUGCGAGGAUGAAGCUAUUUUGAACCUAAACCCAACAACGAUCCUAAGUGGGACGAGAAGAGCAUAA